AUGGAUUCACCAGCCAAGCCUGCAGCCUGCGAGAGCUGCCACUUGGACCUGCCGUGCGACCAAGACUUCUUCGCGACCUUUGGCCUCUACGUCUGUCGCUCGUGUCGCUACGACAGUCCAGCGUACGUGCUGCUGACCAAGGACGCGGCGAAGAAGCGCUUUCUCCUACCCGACAGCGCCUUUGAAGACCUCCCAUGCUUGCGACGGCCCAACCCCAAGAACGAGCGCUUCGCACCACUCAAGCUCUUCUUGACCAAGACGUGCGAGGCCACAUGCAUCGAAUUGUUCGGUAGCCUCGAAAAGAUGCUGGUAGAGAAGGAGCAGCGCGAGAGGAAACGCUUCGAGAAAGCGGUGUCGCGCACCAAGUCGGUCGUCGCCAGCUACGGCAAGCGAAAAGCAAGCCUCUCGACGCUCAGCGGUGCUACACUCUUUCAGGCGCCCAAAGCCAAGAAAGCCAAGCCGGUCGAGGUCGCCGAGCACGAGCAUGCGUACGACACACACGAAGACCAAGGCGAUGGUCUCUGGGUCAAGGCCUGUGCGUGCGGCCUGCGUGUAACAUAUCACAAGCUUUGA